AUGUACGUCCUCAACACCCCAGCCUUCCCCUCCACCGCACUCGCCCACAACACCACGCACACCACCACGUCGCCGAUCAGCACACCCCCAUCCCUAUCCCCAUUCCCGUCCCCGUCCCCGUUCCUCUUUGCUCCCACAAACGCAACGGAAACGGUGUCCAUCACACGCUUCCCCUGCCCGCUGGCUAUAUCGACGAAGACGCAGACAGAGACGGAGACGAAAACAAAAACGGAAACAGAAACAGAAAUGGUGUAUAUCACGCUCUCCGCCGCGCCGCCAGCGAAGGGCAACGCAGAUGCGGGAGGAGACGUAGAUACGGGCACAGCGCUGCCGGUGUUCACGCUUGAUAGGUUGGGCUUCACCGCCGCGUCUGCGUCUGCGUCUGCGGGACCGAUACCAUCGACGGAGACGGAGACGGAGACGGAGACGGGGUCGCACGCGCAGCACGCGAACGACGCGGUUGCGAUCCUGUCCCGCGGUCCGGCGGGCGACGAUAGAUUUGUACCCGUCCCUGUGCUGAGAGCGAUAGCGAAGACAGUGAUCCCGCAGACACAAACACCGCAGGGCCUGCUAGCGAAGAGACCCAUACCGCAGGGACUGCCAGCGAAGCGUCCGAUACCGCAGCGACUGCUAUCCAACACCGCACCCCCACCACCAGCAACAACCCCACCUCCUCCUCCACCACCACCACCACCCCCACGCUCCACGCGCGCGCAGGACCGCGGCCAUGCCGCCUGCAGCGCGCAGCGGCGAGGGUAA